AUGCAGCUUAUUCUUCCCAUCCUCUCCUUUCUCCUGGCGCCGGUCGCCACAACUGCCUGCGAAGGUGCCUGCAUCAGCGAUACCACCAACGAAUACCUAAGGCGUUAUACGAACCCCGUGCUCACGAGCCUUCAGAAGAUGGAAAUCAGACUUAUUAGAUGGCACGCACAGGCGAACCAGAUCAGCACGCAAGUCGUUCCCACUGGAGGCCGUAGAGAGAACCCUAUCGAGUACUUCGCCCCCGUCUUGGAAGCCUACAACCUCACCGCCUAUGCCAGCCUCGAGAGGGCCAUAUUCCCAGGUUACUUCCAUGGCAAGUGUCAAGACGCAAACGGUGUGAACCCACCCGGAUGCCCAAACCCCGACUGUCCCAAAGUCUGCGGCACGCCCGGCUCCAUGGUCCACUUCUACCCCACCCUCAUCAAUAUCAUAUUCAACGACAUAACUAGCUUGCUCGUCAACCACACUACACCGGGGUGCAAGCAGUACAACCAGGUACAGCAGAUGGUUAUGGCGGAUGUCAACAAGGGACAGAGGAAACGCAUGGAGAACCUGUCGCGCAUCAUGCCGCUGCGCAGUCACGCAGCGAUAGAGGCGAGGACCACUCAGAAGAGUCAGCAAGGCCUGAAGAAGAUCAUGAAGGGCAUGCGGUCAACCAUGUCGCAGACAUGCGGGGGGCCAAAUCUAACGUUGUGCAGUUGGGAUCAGUCUAUGAAGGAGUUCAUCUUGCAGUUCCCUUGA